UCUCUCUCUCUCUAAGUGUGUCACCCCUCUUAGCAUUCCAUCAACUCCUCUCUCUCUCUCUCUAAGAGUGUCACCCCUCUUAGCAUUCUUCCUCCUCUCUCUCUAUAAGAGUGUUACCCCUCUUAGCAUUGCAUCAACUCCUCCCUCCCUCUCUCUCUCUCUCUCUCUAAGAGUGUCACCCCUCUUAGCAUUCCAUCAACUCCUCCUCCUCCUCCUCUCUCUCUCUCUAUAUAUACCAGAAACCCUCAUGAGUCUUGACGCUCUCGAUCUCUCGCCCCUCCUAGAAUUCUCUCUCUAAGGCAACUCUCUUAGCUCUCUCUCUCUCUCUCUCUGUCUAUCUCUUUCACUAUAGCAUCUCUCUCUCACUACAACAUCUCUCUCUCUCUCUCUCUCACUAUAGCAUCUCUAUCUCUCUCACUAUAACAUCUCUUUCACAUUCAUGGCUGGACUUGAGUGCAAGUACCUUGCUUUGUUUUUUAUGUUGUUAGUGUGGGGAGGUGGAAAUGCAGAGGAAGAUGAGAUGGCGCCUGCGAUGUUCAUAUUUGGUGACUCCCUCAUAGACAAUGGCAACAACAACAAUCUCCCUUCCUUUGCGAAGGCCAACUAUUUUCCUUAUGGAAUUGAUUUCGAUGAUGGCCCCACUGGUAGAUUCUCCAAUGGUUACACCAUGGUUGAUCAAAUAGCGCAAAUGCUUGGGCUUCCUCUUAUACCAGCAUACACACAGGCCUCUGGUUCAGAGGUCCUUCAUGGUAUAAACUAUGCCUCCGCAGCUGCAGGCAUCCUUGACGUCACCGGAAGAAACUUUGUAGGAAGAAUUCCAUUCAAUCAACAAAUCAGGAACUUUGAGAACACUUUGGACCAGCUCUCGGAUCAACUGGGCGGCCCAGAUCAACUUGCAGAUUCGAUCGCACGGUGCAUAUUCUUUGUGGGAAUGGGGAGCAAUGACUAUCUCAACAAUUACUUGAUGCCUAACUAUGCAACUCGCAACCAAUACAACAGCCAACAGUUUGCUAACCUCCUCAUCCAGCAAUACACUCGCCAACUCAAUAACCUGUAUAAUUUGGGGGCCAGGAAGUUCGUUUUAUCAGGAGUUGGUCUGUUGGGUUGUAUACCAAGUAUAUUGGCCCAAAAUGCGAACAGUAGAUGCUCAGACGAUGUGAACAGGUUGGUGAUGCCCUUUAACACCAACAUGAAGGCCAUGGUCAACAACCUCAACAAUAACCUCCCCGCUGCAAACUUCAUCUACAUCGACAUCUUCAGGAUGUUCAAUGACAUCCUCAACAAUGCUAGGUCCUAUGGUACUUAACUAUACCCUCUCUCUCU